AUGGGAUUAUUUAGGAAAAAAGUGUUACCGGAUCUCCCCGUUAGGGUUGAUCCUGAAUAUUAUCAUUAUGGAAAAGAUAUGAUGGCUUUGAAGAACAGCCUGAACCAAGUUCUCUUGACUAUGAAGCAAACACUUGAGGACGUGAACAAGAAAACCCUUCACGUUGCUGAUCUUGAGGACAAAAUGGAAAAUAUGUCAAGCCAUAUUACUGAUUCAGAAAACAACAUUGCAAUGAUUGAGGAAAAGUGCGUAGAAAAGGAGCAGGCUCUGAAUCUUAUAAAACAGCAAAUCGCAACACUGCAGGAAGAAAAGUCGGCCGCCCUACAGAAAAUUUCAGAGCAGCAAGAUGAACUCGACGUUCUUAAGACAGACUUGAAGGCAAAGUGCGAGAGGAUUGCCCAACAGGACGAGAAUAUUGCUGCCUUAAAUGACGUGCUCAUUGCGAAAGAUAAAAGCGAAAUUCUGGAGGCCCGCGAAAAAGCAGAUCUAAAGAGAAAGGUGAAUGAAUUAACACUGGCUCUGGCAUCACGAGACCGGGAAGUGGAGGAGCUGCAUUUAAAGCUGACUAAAACAAAGGAUGAAAUGGCGAGCCUCUCCAUGAAGACAUCUCAGCUGCAGAAGAAUGUUUUGGAAGAACUGAAUGCAGUCACCAAAGAACAAACUCUCGUUCUUCAGAAAAUGAAAGAACGCAGUCCUGCACGCUUGAUCGAUUUCUUGGAAAAACAAGAAUACAACAUUUUGUCCAGGAAGGAAAAAUUCGAGUUGAGACAGCAGUUAUACGACGCAGAACUCAAAGAAUACCAAUCAGACAAGGAGAAGGCUCACAUGCAGGCUAAGAUCUCGCAGCUGAACCAGUUGGUGGCGUCAAUGAAGAUUGAAGGACGCUCAACACCAGACGGCGCGCAGAAGAUGCUUGAAAGAGGCGAGUGCACCUCUGGCGCCGUUGUUUCUCAGGUCAUCGAGACUCCACUCGGCAAGGAAGGCGCUGUGUCUGACCCCACUGCCCUGGAGGACGAUGACCACGCGAUGACUACCUGCCCCGCAAGAGCGUGCCUUCCUUCACAGGUCAUUUUGGAUCCAACAUAG